AUGAAUACUAACUUUAUUACAGAUAACUGCGAAAACCUCUCCGAUGAAAUUCUUAGCGAGAAUGCAUCUAGAUGUAAUGUAAAGAUCUCAGAGAAAAUGAGUGCUAAAAUGAACAAUUCUGCUUUUAAAACUUGCAAAUCAAGAAGAACUGUUAGGGAUAAUGCUACAGACACCGUACUAUUAUCUAAACAGCAAAGAAGUUUUAAAGAAAUGGAUACAAUUCAAUUUAAGAUGUCUUUGAAUUUGCAAACCACAAGGAAAGCAACUGAAAUGAGAAAAUCAAGCAUCUUGAGUAAUGACUCAGAAAUCUCCCCAAAACCCAAAACAGGCUCUCUUCAGAACGAGAUCAGAAAUCUUCUCCGUAAAGCAGCUGAAAUAAGAAGGAAGAGUACAUUUGUUGCAUCUCAAGUCAAGCCUUCAGAAGUUCAACUAGACAAAUUAGAUCUUUCUGAUUUCUCUUUAGAAAGUAGUUCUGAAGGUAGCUCAUCAAAGGAUGACUUUUUCACUUUUGGGGUUAAUAAUUAA